UUGAAAAUUCAAGCCACUUCCAAAGUCCUUCUAUAUCCAUAAGAAUUAAAAUGGAAAAAUUCUGCAGCUGCAUAUCUAUUUCCUUGAUCCUUGUACUUGGAAAUGCAAUUCAUGCCAGUGCAGGAGAUCCUGAUAUCCUGAAAGAUUUCUCGGUGCCUCCAAGCCUUGAUCCCAGCACCAUAACAAGGCAAUACUUCACUUUCACAGGCUUCAGAUCCCUCAGGAAAGCUAACUUAACUGGAAAAACAACAGCCCUGGUGACGAAAGCAACUCUGAAAGAAUUCCCUGCCCUGGAAGGCCAAAGCGUAUCCGUUUCUGCGAUAAUGUACCCUCCUUCAGGAAUGAACCUUCCACAUGUUCAUCCCAGAGCCUCUGAGCUCCUAAUAGUGCUCUUAGGGAGUUUAGAAGUUGGGUUCGUCGAUACCACCAACAGGCUCUUUACACAAACUCUUCAGGCUCCUGACAUGUUUAUCUUCCCAAAAGGACUGGUUCAUUUUCAAGUGAACACCAAAACUGAUUCUCCUUCUAUUGCUCUUGGGAUAUUUGGGAGUGCAAGUGCUGGGACUGUCUCAUUGCCUAGUACUGUAUUUGGAAGUGGAAUAAGCGCAGAGAUACUUGCCAAGGCCUUCAAAACAGAUGAGGAGACCAUCUCCAAGCUAAUACAAGCAAAUAAGUAAGUAGCAUCCCAAUGGUGAAGGAGGUCCUUUUCUUGCAGGCUCUGUGGGAGUAGCAUCCUAAAGCAUUGGAUUUCUAUUACAAAAGUAGAUUUAGUUGAUUUUCAGGCCAAUCUGUUCCGAGUAAUAAGCAAAUAAUGUUUAUUAUGUACUGCUGUUUAAUCUUCACAUCGAGCUUUGGGAAUAAUGGUAUUCAUAAAUUUCGUAACUA